AGCUCCUCCCUCUCCUCUUUGCCGGUUAUUUUUGGCCUGAGUGUGACAGUGAGAGCAUGCUGUACCCCUGACAGCUGGGCCCAGGGGCCAAAUCAAAACAAGGCUGCACCUCGUGCACUUGUUGCAUGAUCAAGACCAUCACUAGAGCCAGCUGGAGGUACAGUAAGGAGGUUCUUUGGUGAGCAAGCUUUCUCUUGCUUACUGGCUAUCCCACCCGGAGCUCAGUGGCACGUUUGGGUGAAGGAACGUUAAUAAAGCCUGAGUUAAAAUGACCGACUUGGUCUCUUCAAAUGAAGAGGAUAAGGAUCCUGACAUUGAAUUGUUUGUAAAGGCAGGCAGUGAUGGGGAGAGCAUUGGGAAUUGUCCCUUCUCCCAAAGACUCUUCAUGAUCCUAUGGCUGAAAGGGGUGGUGUUCAAUGUCACCACUGUUGAUCUGAAAAGGAAACCACCUGAUCUACAUAACCUGGCGCCUGGAACACACCCGCCUUUUCUCACCUUCAAUGGUGAGGUGCGGACUGAUGUCAACAAAAUCGAAGAGUACCUAGAGGAGAUGCUAGCACCUCCAAAGUACCCGAAACUAGCGACAAAAAACAGGGAAUCAAACACAGCAGGAAAUGAUAUCUUCGCUAAGUUCUCUGCAUACAUAAAGAACACAAAGCCUGAGGCGAACACAAGUCUGCAGCGAGGGUUACUGAAGGCUCUGAAGAAACUAGAUGACUUCCUUAACUCUCCUCUACCUGAAGAGAUCGAUGCAGAUAGCAUGGAGGAAGAGAAAUGCUCCACACGUAAAUACCUUGAUGGCAAUGAAUUAACACUAGCAGACUGCAACCUUCUCCCAAAACUUCAUGUAGUCAAGGUUGUUUCUAAGAAAUACCGUAACUUUGAGAUACCAUCAGAGUACAGUGGAGUGUGGCGCUAUCUAAAGAACGCCUACGCACGGGACGAGUUCACGAACACGUGUGCAGCUGACAGAGAAAUCGAACUGGCUUACCAGGACGUAGCCAGGCGGCUGGGCAGGGGGAAUUUUUGAGUUAGCAACUUUAUUGUGUGUGUUGCCUUGAGGACGCCAUAUUGGAUUGGUCCUAUAAAUGCCCUAGAUAGACUGUUGCCUGGUCUGAUGCUGCCUGUGUACAUUUUACAUGUCGUUGUCGUUUUGCUCCCUGGGUGUAAAUGGCACGAAUCUGUCUAAUCAGCAACUCUGUAAUGGGCUUGAGAAAAGACUGUGCCACUAAACUAGUUCUAUUAUUAAAAUCUCUGCAGCCUUCAUUCUCCUGAAAUGCACAAGGCAGCGUGUUUCAUUUGCUUCCAGUUUGCAGUCAAAUCACCAGAGUUAAAUAAACCUAUAGUGCUCUUUAGAAUGCAGUUUAAAUAUGCACACAUUAUGCUAUGGGGUGCCAAGUGUCACCGGGCCCAUUUUGUGGACGAAAUGGAGAAAAUGAAGACGAAAUUAUAAAACACUGUGAUGCCUUUCCUCCAUGAAAGGCACACAUC